CCUGCCUUCCAGGAGGCCCCGGCGGCGGCCGCCGCGCGCCACCAGCGGCCGCAUGAAGCGGCGCAACGAGGUCCCCGAGAUCGACUUCACCUCGCGCCGGGUCCCCGUGUACGGCACCCGCGGCAUGGUGGCCACCAGCCAGCCCUUGGCCAGUGAGGCUGGCAUGCGCAUCUUGCAGGCGGGCGGCACCGCGGCAGACGCGUGCGUUGCGGCGGCGGCAGCGCUGAACGUCACCGAGCCGUGCUCCACGGGCAUCGGCGGCGACGCGUUCGGCCUCUUUUACAACGCGGCCACCAAGAAGGUGGAGUGCCUUCAGGGCUGCGGGCGCUCGCCCGCCGGGCUGACGCUGGAGGCGGUGCGCGCGCACCCCGAGAUGGCAGGCCGGUCGGAGCUGCCGCCGCUGAGCGCCCUGUGCGUGACCGUGCCAGGCGCGGCGGCCGCGUGGGAGUCGGCGGUGGCGACCUGGGGCAAGCUGCCGCUGUCGCAGGCGCUCUCGGCCGCGCUCG